AUGACGCGCAACCGGGGGGCGGCAGCCGCGAGGCCUGCGCGCCAUGACAAUGUUGGCGUCAAGACUGUCCCCAGUGUUGGCGAAACCGUCGAGACUUGCGCCUGGCUGGGCGAGGCCCUGAAGAGAGACCUGCAGCAAGACGUGGAGUCGGACGAUGCACAGGGACAAGCGCUUCGAGAUACGGACAUUGACCUGUCGUCUUUGCGCAUCCUCCCGAACCGUGAGCUUCUGCACUCCAAGAUCCGGGAGGCCCUGACCUGCUGGGACAAGCUUGCCCAGUGUAUUCCCCUGAAGCGGCAACGGCCGGAGGGCCUGGUCGGCAGGAUGGCCGGAUCUGACGACAUGUACCUAGAUUUCGACAUCGACGAGACAACGGUGCCGCUAGAGCCUCCCCAGGGGGUCAGCGACGUGCAACUCUACCAGUACUACGUACAACGCAUCAUGUCCGCGGUGCCCCGGGCGAACUCCCUCAAGGGCCGAACUACGGAGGGGCCCGUUCCUCUCAGGAUUUGCCGGGUGAAGAAUCAACUCGACAUCGCCCUUUCGAAGCCAUACGGGGAUAUCCACCUUCUCAAGGAGACCAACCACAUCUCCGAGGAAAAGCGCCACAGGGUAGCGGAGGAGGCGUUUUCCCGCAGUGCGGCGGGCGAGGCUCCUAACUCUAGAGACGGUGUUGCCGCUGAGGCUGUUGCAAAUGGCUCUGCCGCUGGCGGUGGCGCGUUGGCGAGGGGGGGGCACGCGGGUGGUGGUGCUGCGGGGGGGGUGGAGGAGGCUGCGAUGGCGGCGGGGGCAUCGACACAUCGAACGGCGGGGGGCAGCAGCAGCGACGGGGCGGCGGCGGCGGCGGCGGCGGCGGCGGCGGCGGCGGCGGCGGCGGCGGCAGCAGCCACAACGGGAGCUCUCUCCGGGCAAAGAAUUUUCCAAUCAUUUUCCGGGCCCAGCCGGGCGGUGGUGACGUUCGCCCUGUACCGGUCCGCUGCGAAGGGGAAGGGUCUGAGGCUGCCGGGACACCUUCCGGAGAAACGACUCUUCGAGGUUGAGGCCCUCGAGCACAACACGCUGCAGCAGAUCAUGGGUGGGUGGAUCAUCAAGGAGUCGAAGAACCUCAUGACGAACGAAUGGGACGAACGCCAAGCUAUGCCGCCGUGCCUCACCGACCGCAUCAUGGAAGAACGGCGGCAAGGUUGCUGCGGCGACGCUCAAGGCAAAGUGUUGAUGCCGCCUCCAGAACCAGGCUCUUCCCGGCAAAAGGGCUUAGCCUUGGCGCGGGGUUUCGUGUUCAUCAGAGGCGUGUUUUACGUUACGAAACCGACCGCGGGGGAGGAUGUGAGUGACGUCCCCCCCCCCCCGCCACCGCCGGCCUCGGAGCCCGAGGGGCCCCGCGGUCGAGGGAAGAAGGGGGACACUGCCGCCGGCUUGCGGAAGAAGAAGGGGCAGCCAAAGGGCAGGAGGAGGGCUGCCGCAGUGAAUAACAGGGGCGGCGCCCAGAGCGACGAAGCACAAGAGGAGGAGGAGGCAAGGGCCGCUGCUGCUGCGGAAGCAGAGGCGGCGGCGGCGGCGGCGGAAAGGGCCGCUGCUGCUGCGGAAGUAGAGGCGGCGGCCGCGGCGGCGGCAGCAGCUCCGCCCGAACCGUGGAUGAAACGCUGGCUGCAGGUGGGCGGCGCGUCGUGGGAUGCCGACAAGGAAGAGCUCAUGAAGCAGGAUGCUUCACGGGUUGCGCAGAGACCAGCGGCGGGGGCGCGUACCGGCAACGCGACGGGAGAAAAGAACCCAGCGGGGAAGAGCAAAGGGAGGGAUCGGGGGAACACGCCGCAGGGGGAGGAGAAGGAAAUCAGCGAAGCAGCAGCAGCAGCGGCACCGGGGAAAAGAAAGCGUGGCAACAGGGACGGCGCCGGCAAGGGCAAGGGGAAGCAGAAAAAGAGCGGCGGGCGGUCGGCAGUGGGAGGAGCGGCGGCAGGGAACGGUCCGGAGAACGGGGCGGCUCUCGCCGGAGACAGAGAGCCGGAAGAAGAAGAACGAGAGGAAGAGAACGGAGACGGAGAUCAAGGAGAAGAGAAAGGGAAAAACAAGGGCAAGCGGAAGAAAGGGACUAGGGUCUACGCUAGGGGCCAAGGGGGGACGUUUCGAAGACCGGGACAGACGCAGAAGGCCGCGCGUGGCGGGAAGGGGGGGCUCGCGGUGUGCGAACAAGGGCAGAGGAUGAGGAAAAGACUCGGACUCGAGGCCAACGGGUACGUGUUCCUCCCCCACCGCGACUGUGACCACCUGUUCGUCGUUUCGGACAUCAGGAUUGAACCGGUCCCGUUUCCGCCGCCAGAACCAGAACCCACUGCUGUCCACACUUCCGGCGGGCCGGCGGCUGCGGCGAUGGCGGCGGCGCCGGAAGAGGACGCUCGUGACGGUGGAUCGGCGGCGACGACCGGGCAGCAGCAGCAACAACAACAGGCCGGGUCUUCGUCUAGUACAGCGACGAGGGGAACUGCUGAUAUUGACUCUGUUCAUCCUGGUGGUGGCGGUGGUGGUGGUGGUGGUGGUGGUGGUGAUGCGGCAGAUCGUGGUGGCAGUGUUAGGGCUGUGGCAUCCAUCGGCGGUGCCUCGACGGAGAAUACCGCAGCGGUGGGAGGGGGGAGGGGGGAGGGGAAGGAAGAGGAGUACCCCAGGCUUUCGUUUCUGUCGAACCCGCACUGCAGGAGGUGCGGGAUUUGCUUGACCAAGACGGCUGUGAAGAUGAGCGUUGGGCACCCGCUUUCAGACAAGGCCUCCCUUUUCUGCUGCCAAGAGUGCUUCGAGAUGCUACACUUAGACGCCGACCAGAAGCCGCUGGAGGGAGAGCUGGCCGGGGAUGUAGCUACCACGUCCCCCCCCGGGGACACAACAUCACCAUCCCCUCCCCAGGGUCCGGAGGCAGGCCAAGCCGCCGCGGGACCUAGGGGUUGGCGAGUGUUCCGUUGCCACGACGAGCACUGA